AUGGGGCGGGGAGUUAAGGAAUGUAUUGAAGCCUGCAAAGUGGACAAUACACUUGAAUCCCCUGUCUACCCUGGAAAUGGCCACCUGCAGCCAAUUGAAGAAAGCAUCAGGAAUUAUGUUAUGGGUCAUUUCCGCUGGAACAAAUUUGGGAAAAAAAGAGGCAAUAACACUGAGAUUUCAGACAACAAACGAGAAGAUGAACCUGUUCGGAAUUUCCUGAACAACCUCCCUGCUGUAGAGUCCCAGACCUCUCAAAUAGAAAGUAAGGAGAUGGAAGCUCCAUUUCCAAGAGAGGAUGAUAAAAGAUCCUACUCUAUGGAACAUUUCCGCUGGGGGAAGCCGAUGGGCAGGAAGAGGAGGCCCAUUAAGGUGUACCCAAAUAGCUUUGAUGAUGAGUCAUUGGAGAACAUCGGUCCUGAACUGAAGCGUGAAGCAUCUAUUGGUUUUGAUUACCCAGUAAAGCCAAUUGAAGUAGGUGAAGAGGAGAUGCUGGAAGAUCUCAAGAAGAAAGAUGGGAAGAGUUACAAAAUGAACCAUUUCAGGUGGGGCAGGGGACCAAAGAACUUAGAUCUUGACCAUGUGCAUCUCCAGCCAUUGCAGUUUCUGAACAUUGAAGAUGUGCUCCAGGAAAACAUGGACAAUGGUUUGCCUGAAGAAGAGGUGAAGAAAGAUGAGGAAGAUUACAAUUUCGGCCACUUUCGAUGGAGUGUACCACUGAAAGACAAGCGCUAUGGAGGCUUUAUGAAGUCUUGGGAUGAGAGAGGUCAAAAGCCACUUCUGACUCUCUUUAGGAAUGUCAUUGUCAAAGAUGGCCAUGAGAAGAAGGCUGAAAAUCAAUAGAUAGACAAUCCCCAAUGAAGAUUCUUAGCUGUAUGAUAUAGUAGCAGUACAUAGAUCUGCAAAAACAAUUGGUAAGAAGCUGUUGUUGAAACAGAAAGGAGCCUGUACAAUCUAUCUUGUAAGGUUUACUGUAUGUAGCAAUUAAUAAAAGAGUUAAUAUUGUAUCUAAA